AUGAUCGCCUUAAUUUAUUUCUUUGUUUUGCUGUGGGAUGAGGCUCAGAGCUGGGGAUUCAAGGAUGGAAUCUUUCAUAACUCCAUUUGGCUUGAACAAGCAGCAGGUGUCUAUCAUAGAGAAGCUCGUGCUGGCAAAUAUCAGCUUACCUAUGCAGAAGCAAAGGCUGUAUGUGAAUAUGAAGGAGGACACCUUGCCACGUAUAAACAACUGGAGGCAGCCAGAAAAAUAGGAUUCCAUGUGUGUGCUGCAGGAUGGAUGGCUAAGGGUAGAGUCGGUUAUCCCAUUGUGAAGCCAGGGCCCAAUUGUGGAUAUGGAAAAACUGGCAUUAUUGAUUAUGGAGUCCGCCUCAACAGAAGUGAAAGAUGGGAUGCUUAUUGCUACAACCCUCAUGCAAAGGAGUGUGGAGGGGUCUUCACAGACCCAAAACGCAUUAUUAAAUCUCCAGGAUACCCAAAGGAAUAUGAAGAUAACCAAAUCUGCUACUGGCAUAUUCGAUUAAAGUAUGGUCAACGUAUUCAUCUAAGUUUUCUGAACUUCAGUCUUGAAGAUGACAUAGCUUGUCUCGCUGACUACUUAGAAAUAUAUGACAGCUAUGAUGAUAUUCAUGGCUUUGUAGGAAGAUACUGUGGAAAUGAGCUACCAGAAGACAUUAUUAGUACAGGAAAUGUCAUGACCUUAAAGUUUUUAUCUGAUGCUUCAGUGACAGCAGGAGGUUUUCAACUCAAGUAUGUUACAGUGGAUACCACACCCAAAACUGGUGAAGGAAAAAAUGCUAGCACAAGUUCUCAUGGAAAUAAAAACUUUUUAGCUGGAAGAUUCAGCCAUUUGUAA